AUGAUUAAGAAAAUGCCACCAUGCGAGAAUGAGCUCGAUAUACCGGCCAAGAACUGCCACAGGAUGGUGAUUCUGGGCUCCACAAAAGUUGGGAAGACAGCCAUCAUCUCUCGGUUUCUGAACGAGAGGUUUGACGACCAGUACACGCCCACUAUUGAGGACUUCCACAGGAAAUUCUACAGCAUCAGGGGGGACGUUUACCAGUUGGACAUUCUGGACACAUCUGGGAAUCAUCCUUUCCCUGCCAUGAGGAGGCUGUCAAUUCUUACUGGUGAUGUGUUCAUCUUGGUAUUCAGUCUCGACAACAGAGACUCCUUCCAAGAGGUGCAGCGUCUCAAGCGCCAGAUAUAUGAGACCAAGUCCUGUCUGCGAAACAAAACCAAGGAGAAAGUGGACGUCCCACUUGUUAUCUGUGGCAACAAGUGCGACCGGGACUUUUACCGUGAGGUGCAGGAGGAUGAGAUUGAACAGCUGGUCGGUGGAGACGAGCAUUGCGCUUACUUCGAGGUCUCAGCAAAGAAGAACACUAAUGUAGACCAAAUGUUCCAGACUCUGUUCACCAUGGCCAAGCUGCCAAACGAAAUGAGCCCCGACCGACACUGCAAAGUUUCCCUGCAGUACUGCGACGUCCUGCACAGAAAGUCCUUUAGGAGCAAGAAGUGCAAAGAUGGGAACGCAUAUGGGAUUGUGGCACCAUUUGCACGAAGACCAAGCGUGCACAGUGACUUGAUGUACAUAAAGGAGAAAGCAGUAGGGGGCAGCCAGGCCAAAGAGAAAGGCUGCAUCAUAUGCUGAGACUUUCUUGAGCCAGUGUGCAAGAGACAUUGUGUGAAACGUUCCAGAACCGUGGCAGCCAGUCUGUCAACAGGGAACAUUAGCCAAUAAACUGUGGACUUGAGCGGCUGAGGUGAUAGUGACACAUUGUGGUCGACAUUGGGCUGGAAGGAGGGUAAAGUGGCUUGGCUCUUAGGCCUAGGCCAUCCCUGUGUAGUGCAGUAUAUGCUCUAAAAAUAAAUGCUGUAAACCUGUCUCUGCAUUAGCUUUGUGAGAGCAGCACUUAAGAAAAAAAAUGUUUACAUUUUAUUUUUUUCAGACAUGUGGAAUUUGAAUGUUUGUUGCAUCAUGAACAAAUUCUAAAUGUGUAUUUAUUAUGUCUACGUCAAUUUUUGCAUAACAGAGAAAAUAAAACCACUUGUUACUUUUUAUAGUCUGUCUUCCUCUUGUCUUUCCUUUCAAGCAAAACACAGUAAAGCUACAAUAAAAACAAACUCGCCAAAAAAGUAGGUACACUUUUCUGAACACUUCAUUCAGCAGUUUCUCUACUGGGAAGUAUCCUUCAUUUGUUAAAAUACAUCAUUCACUGCAUCAUCCUGUCACUUUGUUUACAAGCAGAGACCACAGAUGCUUGUUAAACUCUGUCAGCCACUUUCACGCAGAUUUACCAAAACACCUUCUUCCCUUUUAAACAGAUAGAAUACCCAAUGUGCAUAUAGAAUUAUGAAGGAUGCAGAUCUUGGCUCUUAAAGAAUAAAUUUAUUACAAAAUAGAAACAUUGCAAGAAAAGUCAUACAAAACAAUCAAAAAUGAAUAUACAAAACUAAAUCUACUUGCAGCAUGCAGUUUUCUUUUCCGACCUUCAGAAAAUUUUCAAAACUGGAAUUCUGUUGGUAUGAGUUGAAAAUACUGGGUGAUUUUAGCCCGUUGUGCUCAAACAGUUUUUGAGCUAUUCCUGUGGUAGCAAAUUCUUCAACACUGACUUAAACCGCAAUGUAUGUGCGGCUUUAAAGGGCAAUGAUCAGACAGCAUGACCAGUACACAAACACUCUGACCAAUGACGAUAAAAGGCCACCCUAAGAUGCAGCUUUUUUCAAAUGACACAAUGCCACAGAUGACAAGUGCAAAAUGAGAAAAGGCUGUUGGAAUAACUGGAUGCUAUCAUGUCAGUUGGGGGUGUCCACCGUCUGUUGUUAAGAGAGACCAUUUCAGACACUAAAGUACAACUGACCAACCUUGAAUGUGAUGCUCUGGAUGGACGUGUCUGACAACAUGGUCCUGUCCCAGAAAAUAUCUGUCAGCUUUACCGAACCCCUUGGGAAGAGUGGGACAGCAACCUCAUCAACUCUGCAUUGUGCUCACUCUCAGAUGUGCGGCUCAGUACUGACUUGUGACUUCUAGUCUAUUACCCCUCUCUCCAUUAGCCCAUUAUCAUUUACAGUGUAGUAAACACUUGGCUGUUUCAUGACGUUCAUUUUACAGCAGCAAUGUCUUGAAAAAACAAAUCUGUUUCCUCCCAUUU